AUGGCGGAGAACCUCGACUUGGACCAGAGCCAGUUCUGCUGUUCGGUGUGUUUGGAGCUGUUCAGGGAGCCCGUCACCGUCCCCUGCGGUCACAGCUACUGCAGGCGCUGCAUUGAAGCCUGCUGGCGGCGCGACGAUGAGGCGGAGGGCCCUUACAGCUGCCCGCAAUGCAGGGAGGACUUCCGGCCUCGACCUGCACUGAGGAAAAACGUCACUCUGGCUGAGAUCAUGGGGAAGCUGAAGGUGACUUGCACCGAGGAAACCCCUCUCUUUGCCGAGUUGACCUGCGCUGGCCCAGAUGACGUUGCUUGUGAUUUCUGCUGCGAGGCCACAAGACACAAGGCCUCCAUGUCCUGUCUGACGUGCCUGGCGUCGUACUGCGGUUUCCACCUGGCGCCUCACCACACAGUUCCCGCGCUGAAGACUCACCAUCUGGUGUCCGUCACGGUCCCGCUGAAGGAGAAGCUGUGCAAGAAGCACAACAAGCUGCUGGAGGUGUACUGUCGUUCUGACAAGAGAUGCAUCUGCUAUCUGUGCACAAUAGAUGAACACCGGGGACACUUCACCGUCCCGGCCUCAGCAGAACGAGCCACAGAGCAGAUGCUGCUGAAUAUGAAUCAACUCAGUGUCCAGAGGAGUUUGCAGAAUAGAGAGCAUGAGCUGAAGGAGUUGGGCAAAGCGCUGGAGGAUUUCAAGUUUCAACAGGCUUGUGGCCGGACUGCAGUGGACAGCGUCGACCAGAUCAUCAACCCGUUGAUUUCCUCCAUCGAAAUGAGACGCGUCUCGGCAAAACGGAUGAUCAGCACGAGAGAGAAACUGGCGGUCGCCGAGGCUGAGAAGCUGCAACUCCAGCUACAGGAGGAGAUCACCAAGCUGCGGAAACGGAACGGUGACCUUUACAAGCUCUCUCUCUCCAGCGACCACGUUCAUUUCAUUCAGACUUUCCCAACUCUCUCCACUUCCUGUGAAUCUCCAGACCUGCCGCCCGGUGCUGUUGUUCGCCCUCGUGAGUCAAUGGCAGCUGCAUCUCGCUUUUUAGAUGACCUGAAGAAUAAAGUAGAGGGUAUCCUGGAGGACUCCUGGUCCAACUUUUCUGCCACUGUGUCCGCUGUUAACGUGGUGCUGCCACUUCUGCCAAAAACCAGAGAGCAGUUCUUACUCUAUGGCUGUGACCUCACCCUCGACAUCCAAACCGCCAGGAGUUUAUCCAUCUCCCAAGAGCAGCACGACGUCAGUGUGUCCCACUACGUCCCCUACUAUGUCAGUCGCUCAAACAUGUUUGAGAGUGUGAAGCAGGUGCUGUGCUGCGAGGCUCUGUCAGAGCGCUGCUACUGGGAGGUCACCUGGGAAGGUUCCUUUUGCGCAGUAGCUGCGGCAUACAAAGACAUCAGACGAUCAUCGUCCGACUCAGAGUUCGGAUACAAUGACAAGUCAUGGAGCUUGGAGUGCUCCAAGAAUACCUACGUUUUCCGACACUGUUCUGAGAAGAAAGUCGUGUCGGGUCCUCUGACCUCCUGGGUCGGUGUGUACCUGGAUUACAGGGCAGGUACCCUGGCUUUUUACAGCAUCUCCAAAGAGAUGGUGCUGCUCCACAGAGAGCAGACCAUGUUCUGUAAACCUCUCUAUCCUGGCCUUGGGCUGAAGGACGAUGUUCAAGCAAAACUGAGGAAGUUUUCAUGCUGACGCAUAGCUGAGCAGCUAUUUUCUUUUUGUUUUGUUUUUUGAACG